AUGACCAAAACAGGUAUGUGGAAUUAGGCCUUGAAGCAGAGACUUCAAUUUCUUCCCAGUACCUGACCACUUCAGAUGAGGCAGCUUAUGGAAGUGUGAUGUUUCCUCAUUUCCUCACAGGCACACAGUAAACACAGGUGUGAAGGAAAAGUUAACUAUGGAAGCCAGGGACUUGGAGACCCCCAUACCCACCUACCAUCUCAUUCCUGAGACCAGCCAAUCCAGGGAGCAAGAAGAUGUCACGAUACCAUCUAAAGCAACCACAGAAACUAUGCAGCUGAAGAAGGAGAUCUCUUUGCUGAAUGGAGUUAGCCUGGUGGUGGGCAACAUGAUUGGUUCAGGAAUCUUCGUCUCACCCAAGGGCGUGCUGGUACACACUGGCUCCUAUGGCUUGUCGCUGUUCAUAUGGGCCAUUGGUGGGCUUUUCUCUGUUGUGGGUGCCCUUUGCUAUGCAGAGCUGGGGACCACCAUCACCAAGUCUGGGGCCAGCUACGCUUACAUCCUAGAGGCCUUUGGGGGCUUCAUUGCCUUCAUUCGUCUGUGGGCCUCACUGCUUAUCGUGGAGCCCACCAGUCAGGCCAUCAUCGCCAUCACCUUUGCCAACUACAUCAUCCAGCCCUCCUUCCCCACCUGUGAGCCCCCGUACCUGGCCUGCCGGCUCCUUGCUGCUGCUUGUAUAUGUCUGCUGACGUUUGUGAACUGUGCCUACGUCAAGUGGGGUACACGUGUGCAGGACACGUUCACGUAUGCCAAGGUCCUGGCGCUUCUUGCCAUCAUUGUCAUGGGCCUUGUUAAACUGUGCCAGGGACACUCUGAGCACUUUCAGAAUGCCUUUAAGGGUUCCUCCUGGGACAUGGGACACAUCUCUCUCGCCCUCUUCUCUGCCCUCUUUUCUUUCUCAGGUUGGGACACCCUUAAUUUUGUAACAGAAGAAAUAAAAAACCCAGAAAGAAAUUUGCCCCUGGCCAUUGGGAUUUCUAUGCCAGUUGUGACGUUCAUCUACAUCCUGACCAACGUGGCCUAUUACACAGUGCUGAGCAUUUCAGAUGUCCUUAACAGUGAUGCUGUGGCUGUGACUUUCGCUGACCAGACAUUUGGCAUGUUCAGCUGGACCAUUCCUAUUGCUGUCGCCCUGUCCUGCUUUGGGGGCCUCAACGCAUCUAUCUUUGCUUCAUCAAGGUUAUUCUUUGUGGGCUCCCGUGAGGGCCACCUCCCAGACCUUCUGUCUAUGAUCCAUGUUGAGCGUUUCACACCCAUCCCUGCUUUACUGUUUAAUUGCACCAUGGCGCUCAUCUAUCUCACUGUGGAGGAUGUGUUCCUGCUCAUCAACUACUUCAGCUUCAGCUACUGGUUUUUUGUGGGCUUAUCUGUGGUUGGACAGCUCUACCUUCGCUGGAAGGAGCCUGACCGUCCCCGGCCUCUCAAGCUGAGCCUGUUUUUCCCUAUCGUGUUCUGCAUAUGCUCCUUGUUUCUGGUGAUUGUGCCCCUCUGCAGCGACACCAUCAAUUCCCUCAUUGGCAUCGGUAUCGCCCUUUCUGGAGUACCUGUCUACUUCCUGGGUAUUUACCUGCCAGUGUCUCGGAGGCCGCUCUUUAUUCGGAAUGUCCUGGCCACUAUUACCAAAGUCACACAGGGGCUUUGCUUUUGCGUCUUGACUGACCUAGAUGUAGAUGAAGAAAGAAGGGUUGAUAGUAAAACUGACUAGAUGCCAGAGGUGACAUCCCCUGCAGCCUGGAAGGCUGGCUACCUGUGGUCAUGGCCACCAGAUUCCAGAUGACAAGACUGUGCCCCAACCCUGCCUGUACUAAAGGAGCCUGUUGGCUUACACCGGGGGUGCUUAGCGCUGAAGGCCUGCUCAGGCGGUCAGGCAUUGGUAAGCUGUGGGAGGAGACUCAGGGUCUGGGGCUGGCGGGAAGGAGGUAGGAACUUCAGAGGCUGGUGGUGGUGGGGCCCUGGAUUAAUUGUAUUUCUGGUGGUUCGAUGCAGCCCUUACAAACAGCCAGGGAGUUAGCAAUGAGGGAAGUGGGAGUGACUGGUAGUUUCUGAACUUUUGAGGUCUGAACCAAAGGGGCUGCUUUAUGGGAAGUUUUCCUCUGCCCAGCUACAAGAUACGAAUUUAGGGCCCUGAAAUGCUACAUCUUCCUGUGGCUCUAAAUUGUUCUUGCAGGAAAGGCUUGUAUUUCAUUACUUAACUGAUAUUAAUCCAGAACCCAGUUCUAGCAAGGCAUUGGUGUUCAUUCAACUACAGGAUGCAAUGAGGUGAUGGUGUUUAAAAAUGUCAAGCACCCAACGCCAAGCCACUCUGGCCUUAGAGGGUCCUCUUUGUGGCGGUGAGUAAGACUCUGACCAGAUUUUUUUUUGCUCAGCUUUAGCACAAUGUUCUGUUGAACCUUACCUGCAAAGUGAACUUUCAAAGAUUUUUUUACUCAUGUCCACACCUUAGUAUAUGGGUAGAUCAUGAUUGUAAGCACCUUGGUCAAGUGUAGCAAGGGCAAAUGCAUAAACUCAUGAAUCAGAAAUCUGCAAUACCGCCCUGAAGGAUUAUCUUCUAUUUUACAUAGCUUUUUGUUCUAGUUGAUAGAACAUAAAUCUCUGGGUUUCUGGUGAGGACUUUAAGAGGGCAGAAAUUAUUCUAGAAUUCAGCAGUAUCACCUGAAUUCUUUUAGCUGUCAUUGGCUCACGGACCCAGACCAUCACUUAGCUUGCUCCACUGUGAGGGCUAGUGGGGACUGCUGUGCAGACCCAAACAAGCUCACCUCGGUGCUAGAAGUGGUCCUUUUCUUUUCCUGAAAACCUCAUGUAAGGCUGGUCCUCUACCUGUGCCUGCCACCAGGCUUUGUUUACACUCCAGUGGCCUCUGUGUGCAUCAGGGGUAGUACACACCUGCCCUGUCUGCCCCCACUUACCCCGAGGUCCCUAGGCUACAGUGGCCAGAUGAGCUUGGUAUUUGUGGGCACUUGUUUUCUCCUUGCGGAGAUCAGUGGAUUCCGGGAAAAAAGUUGCUUCAACCUCAAGCUUGCUCCUCAACAUACGACAUGACUGGAAGGCUACAUUCUCAUGCUCCAGCAGGCCAGAGUGGCAGGGCCCGCCUAAUGCAGGUCGCUUUGCAGAGAGAACAUCUGGAUCGUACAAAUGUGAUGCCACUGAUCAUCAUCCGGGCAGACAUUUCAAGGGAGCGUGAUCAAAGCUGCCUUUGGGUCAGGGAAUGUCUGUGAGGACACGGUAGGACAUUGACUGAAACAGGAAAUUCCUGCCUGACAACAAAACAGGGAGUCUUGUGCAGAGGCUUACUUGCCUGGACUACAUAAACAUGACUCCUGGCUGAGCCUAGCUGGCAGCUACCCCAGGGGGCCUCUGGAGCCAGUCCUUUAAGAGUACCCAUGUCUUCAGGAUCCCUGACUCAGGCUUUAGCUUUUUCACUGAAGUAAAUGACCAGCUAGCCCCAGGAAUUGCUGCCCCAGAGACUCUUGGGGAGCAAGGGCCUCACACCUGGGGUAGCCUCAUACUUGCUUUGUGAGCCAAGUCGUCUUCCACUGGUUGGUGACAGCAUCCUUUGCGUCUAUGCUGCAUAGACUCCUCCCAUGAACCCUUCUGUGGGGAUGCCAGAGACUUUGUACAGCACUCAAGCUUCACCACAAAAAUUAAUCUCACUAGAUAUUUGUUGUUUCCUUCAACCCUUCCAGAGCGCUAACCUCUUUUGCAUAGGGGGUUUGUGAAGAUGUCAAGCCCUUUAGUGUUGGCAGACCUCAGUGAGUCCAUAAACAGCAGUGAACACAUUAUAAUGGCGUGUUUUGUAAUGGAGUAUUUUGUAAUCCUGUUUCUAUGCCUACAGGACUAAGAUGACUAGAUUAGACAUGUAAGUCUGCCUGUUACUUUUAGCACUGAAUUGUACCUUUGUGGAUAGCUCAGAUGGGAAACCAAAAGCCUGCUGGUCUUACAGCUGCAACAGGAAGGUCUGAGCACAUGUACAGGCAGAACUUAAUCACUUCUGGCAGGUUUAGUUAACUUUGUGUAGACAGGAACGAGUGUACUUUAAAGAUGUACAAAAUAAACUAUGAAGAGAAGUGGGUGGAUCGAGAAGUAGAGAUGCUUUGUCGUCUUACUGGAGGCGGGAAGACACCUCAUCUCCCUGUGUAAUUCACCUUCCCACGCGACAGUGUGUCACAGGGCAAGAGGGCACACCUGACAUCAGAGGUUUUCGUACUGUUUGCCUCGCAUGGCUCUGUCUAGUGCAGUUGCUGCCAGCCGCAUGCACUAGUAAAGUGAUGUUCGGUCCCUCAGUUGUACGGAUCACAUUUAAGUGCUCAACAGCCACAUAUGACUAGUGGCUGCUGCAAAGCUGUUUUUGGCAAAUGCUGCAAAUAAAC